AUGGCGACGUACCUACUGUUGCAACGCGCACUUAGAAGAGAAAGGGUUUUCCGCGAUAGGAGUCAGCCGCUAGACUCUCUGGAUGACGUGGAUUUGAUCUCACGGUACAGAUUUCCGAGGAGAGUUCUUUUAGAACUUAUUGAUGCUGUUGAUGCCACAUGUAGACCGGCAACGAAUAGAUCCUACUCUAUUCCCACACAACUGCAGGUGUUGUGCACCUUGCGAUUUAUGGCGAAAGCGGACUUUUUUUCGGAAGUGGGAGAUAUCCACGGUAUAUCCAAGUCUUCAGUCUGCGUGUUUUUACCAAGAGUGUGCCGAGCACUGAAUGCGUUUCUACACAUAGACUUCCCAACAGAUGCCCAAACUCUUUUGAAAAUGAAGGAAGGAUUUUAUGCCAUUGCACAUUUUCCUAAUGUUGUGGGUGCCAUAGAUGGCACGCUUAUUCCUAUUCGGGGCAUGAACGGGGAGGAUGAGCCUGUUUAUGUCUGUCGCAAGAACUUCCAUGCCUUGAAUAUUUAA